AUGAAUACACACCACAGUUUUUUGUUCCUUUUGGCCAUCGUGCUUGCGGUUAAAUAUACCUUCGCGAAGGUCACUGUGGACACACAAUGUAAAAAUGGCUACUUAAUCCAAAAGAGCAAUAAUUUUGAAUGCAAAUGCAACGACGGGUUUGUGGUAACAAAUGAAAAUACUUGCGAGGAAAAAAAGGAUUGUAAAGUUGAACAAAAUAUGAAUAAGCCCUGUGGAGAUUAUGCUGUGUGCACUUUCACCAGAGGACAUGAUACGCAAAGAGCAGCAUUAUGCACAUGUAUACCAAACUAUAUCCCUCUAAACAACGUGUGCAGUCCAAGAAGAUGUGACGGCGUUAUCUGUGGUAAGGGAAAGUGUAUGCUAGAUCCCGAUAAUUCAAAUAGCAUCAUAUGCUCUUGUGAUAUAGGAACUGUAUUGGAUGAUUCUAAAAAAUGUACAAAACCAGGGGAAACUAAAUGCCAGUUGAAGUGUAAGGGAAACGAACAAUGUAAAUUGACUGAUAAUUAUUACCAAUGCCCUUCGGACGGAAGCGGUGGUCAAGGAAGCGGCGGAGAAGGCAACGGGGGAGAAGGCAGCGGGGGAAGCACAGGAGCAGCGUACAGUCUCAUGAACGGAUCUGCCGUAAUCAGCAUACUAGUUGUAUUCUCUCUCUUUAUGAUGUCAUUAUUGUAG